CCAGCGCGCGAACUUUCUCGCGGUCAUCACCCCGGCCAUGUGACAGGUCCGGUUGCGCCGGGACCCCUACGGGGGAAGUGAAAGCGGCUCGGAGGAGAGGCGAGGUGAAGCGGCUCACCUGCAUCCCCAGGUCCGCGGAGUGACCUGGGGCGGGCGCACCGGCAUCCCUGAACCCGACUGCAAUCGGCCGUCCGGCCACUGGCCGCCUGUCCCGCCUCGCUCCGCAGCCUGACUUUUCUUUCGCUUUCUUUAGACAUUCCUGGCCGCCCCGUCGACGAAGGCUCUGGGCCCGACGUGGGCGAAGGGGCUCCGCCUCCGGGGGUUUCCCCGCCGCGGGAGGCGGGCGGACGCCCGGGGUCCCCAGGGCUGGCCGCGCUGUCUGUUCUAGGCGGCGCAGCUUGGGGACGGAGGGCGCCGCCACCUCGCGCCCCCUCUUCGGCCGAGACUCGGUGCCCUUGGCCGCAGUCGGCCCCGGAAUCUCCGGCGGAGCGGGGGGUCGAGGCGAAAGCCUGAGAAAUCAGCUGGACAUCUUGCUCUCGAGCCUGUCUGAGAGUCAGACGGCGAGGCGGCGCCGAGAUGAGGCGGCGCCGGGGACCCCUGCCCUUCGAGCUCCUGCUCCUGCUAGCGUUGCUGACUCUGCAAGGGGAUGGCAACGAGGGCAGCAUCGCUGGAAGUUGUCGCUGUAAUACAAGAUUUCCGUCCGACUCCCCUCCGACGGUUCACAUUAUGAAACAUUUCCGAAAACAACUGAGAGGCUAUGAUCGCUGUGGUUCGUACGUCAGGUUUCAGCUACAUUCCCGGAGUGUGUGCGGGGGCAGCAAAGACCAGUGGGUUCAUGAAUUGAUAAGCUGCUUCGAUCGCAAAGAAUGUGGACGUGGUAACCUUGGGAGAGUGGCCCACCGGGAGCAUUUACCUCCCCCCAGCACUCAGGCUCCUGAACCCACAGAAAGGGCAUCUUCAGACGUAGUCACCCCUGCCCAGACAUACCUGCCAUCUACCCUGCAGCCUAUCCAGCAGUCCACCCGUCCAGCAGCAACACCGUCCUUGGACAAAAGCCUCAUCCAUGCCAAUGAAACCACUGCCUCCACUUUGGGCCACAGCCUAGUGUCUGCGCCCGAGGCUGGGGAGAACCAGAAGCAGCUGAAAGAACAUGUGGGUUCUGCAAUUGGGACAUCAGUUACAGUGGCAGUGCCGUCCCUCUUGGCCAUCGUCUUCUUCCUCACAGGAGUCCUCCUCUAUGUGUUAUGUAAGAAGAGGGAGAAGACACUGCGGCCCUCUCCAGAUUUGCAGGCUCAUUAUGAACGUGUGGCCCCAGACUGAUGCUUGAGCUAAGAAUGGAAGCUUGUGACGGUAGAAAUUGUGACUUAUUCAGCACCAUAUGCAUUCAAUACACUCUAAGUCUCUAGCACAUGGCAGGCACUCUGUAUGUAUGUUUAAUGUUAAUACAUUAACACUAUGUAUGUAUCUGUAUGUAUGUUAAUGUUUAAUAUACUUACUUCCCUCUCUUAGA